UCAAGCCACAUCUAGAGGGAACGAAAACUCGAAAUGUUUCGUUUUGUAGUGGCGCGGUUCCGCUUCGAUGCUUGCGUUCUGUGUGCGACAUCUGCGAGGAAUUUUUCGUGCCUAGCCGUAGAACGCUCAAGGUGCUUGAAGAAAAGCGCACCGGCACCUUGCCACAGUGUGUACACUGUUCGGGAUUUUUCGUUGCAAUCAUGGGCACAAACAUUGUCGCAGUCAACACCCGUAGCGUACGCGCAAGACUUGCUGGAGGCAGCGCAUUCGACGAGCGGACUUUCGUGGGGCUCGACCAUCGUUCUCACGUCUCUAGCUCUCCGAGUUGCUGUCACGCUUCCACUUGCCGUCUAUCAACACCACGUGCUUGCCAGAUUUGCCAACCUGGAUCGCGAAAUGGCCGGCAUUGCUCAAGAGUUGAAGCGCGAGACGAUGCAAGCUACGCGCAUGUUCAAUCUCACUGAGAAGCAAGCUCGGCACCUCUACAGAAGAAAUUUGAAGCGGCACCUCCAGAGGCUCGUUGUUCGAGACAACUGCCACCCAAUGAAGUCGGCCAUAGUGGUGCUAUUCCAGCUUCCUAUGUGGAUUAGCCUCUCAGUAGCUCUCAGGAACAUGGCUUUCAUGUUGCCAUACCAGGACAUGGGCGCACAAGCCACGUACCUGGAGCUGAGUUUCGGGGGCCUGCUGUGGUUUACCAACCUGACACAACCUGAUCCGCUGCACGUAAUUCCCCUCCUUGUGGGUUUUACAAACCUUAUGAAUGUAGAGUUUCACGUGCUGCAAAGGCAGAAGCACAUGGCCAGCCUGCGAAGGUGGAUCACGAACUUUGCCAGGGGUGUUGCAGUUGUCAGCGUGCCUAUUGCGUGGAUCAUGCCUGCUAACGUGUCCCUCUACUGGCUCUGUUCAAGUAGCUUUGCCCUGGGACAGAACAUGCUCAUGGCAGCUCCACGGUUUCGCCGCGCCUGCUCAAUUCCAGUCACCGCAUCUGAGAGCCAGACGCCUUUCAAGGAUGUUGCCAACCGCCUGCGACAACGAUUGGAUGCGGCCUUCAGAACAGGCUCCUGAUCCCCCUAGGCAUGCUCUAAUCUUAUUGCUGCUGUAGUGAUGUUAGGUGAUCCUAGACGGCAAAUUGCCAUGUUAACGUGUCCAUACCACCCUCUUUUAUUGUGAGCUGUUCAGAAAAGUGUGCGCGGGUGAGGGGUACUCGAAGUCACCACUUGCUCAAAUUCAGCAUUACCUUUUUUUAAAAAAAAAAAGGAAAGCAGGAUUGUGGAAAGUCUGAAUGAAUCGUGAACACAACAGAGAAUGAUCGCAUGCAUGCAAAAGCAUAUAGCAAGGCAAUUUUUAUUGUUCCUAAAUGAAGUACUAUCAUUAGGGCUCCAUGUUUUCGGAGUUUAUUUUUCUUGAAAUUCGAGGGUUGUUUUUCGGUGUUCAUUUUUUUUUUUUGGCAAAAAUUCGGCGUUUGUCAGAGUUUAUUUCUCAUAAAUCCCCAGUUCUCUGAAAUUCAGAGCUUAAUUUUGCAUUAUUCUCAAUACAGCUAAAUCAAAUGAUAUCUGAACACAGAAACAUCAGAACACAUGAAGCAUAUUUUAGUUGUCUGGAAGGUUUGAAUGUGCAAACACAUACACGUAAGCACAAAUGUUUGAAUACAAAACACCUACGUUUGUGCAUAUUAUAACCCUAAAGCUUGUUCAUAGUUGCAAGCAUACUUUACUAGCUUCGAGAUAACCCUAGACGCCUAAGCACUGCCACCAGCAAAAAGAAGCAGCACAAGAAAACAGCGGGGUGUUUAGAUGUCCUGGUUUUUUUUUUUCGAAGUUACGUACCAAUUAGCCUAGCAACAAGUUCUGUUAAGAUAUUUUACCAGGUUGCUUUCACUGAUGGAAGCGCGCUCCUUUCGAUUGAUGAUUCUCAGCUUCGAAUCUGAGCAGAACACAGCUAUGUCGGCUAAGGCUUUUCUAACCUUCUGGAGAGUGGCUUGUAUCAACAUGGCAGCUGAUGCUGCGUUACACUGCACUUACUAUUUGCAAGUCUAUCACGAGACUCGUACGUCCAGGAAGCUUGUUGUCGUAGAAGGUUGCAAUCACCACCACUGCCAAAAGUCCACAAGGUUCCGGCGAAUCAUUGAUGGUGAUGGAAAUGGGGCGGUCUUUCAUCGAAGAGCUUAUCGUCACAAUGUCUAUCCAACUGACCUCAUGUAGGUAUAUCCGAAAUAGUUCAUCACUUCCCGGCAUCGUGCGUACUGCCAGGCAUUAGCUUCCAAAGAGGUGCCAACAGCCUGGUGCAGCGGAAUCCCAGUGUGGCAAAGUGCACGGCAAAACUGGUGUGUGAGGCAAUGUUUAUAUCAGCCAAACCGACCGAUGUAAAAAUGACCGCUUAGAACAUGCCCUUUUGAUAAAGAACGCAGCAGGGCCAUACUGUGAGUUAAAAUCAGAGUGAAUAGACUAAAUCCAAAUUGUCAAAAAUUUUACUGGUGGGUGUGCAUCGGAUCUUUUCGAAUUUAUCUGAAAACACUGAGCCCUAACUAUCAUGCAGUACUUACAGGGCAGCUAAUUGUCUCAAACGCACUAUGUUUUCUGCUCAUUUUCUAAAUUUUUCUAGGGCAUGUCGUGUUUAAACAGCAAGACCUGUUGCUUUCACAGUGGUACUAUGAUAGUUGUUUUUUCAUGUAAGCCAUAGUUUUCAAAUCAUCCUGUACGCCAAGCCAGGGCCAUUCAAAAGCUUCACGUUCCCUAAUCGGCAAGGAUUGUGUAAAGUAACAAGUAUGAAAGUGUUGGGCCAGCAGCAUGCAUUGACGGACUAGUUGUUGAAUAUUUUAAUAAACAUACGGGACUACUCAAGAAGUAGACAGGACGAGAUGGUAACCUCAACUGACAUUAUCACAUUGCACCACUACCCAUGAAAACUCAGUCAUUAAGAGCAUGGGCAAGCAAGCUAUAUCAGGCAGAUCAAGAAAGCAGUACCAUAAAAAUAUUCUAUACUAGAACAAUGUUCACUGCUGUGCUGACCAGUAAAAGGAGCACUCGCACAUUAUGAUCCAAGUGACCUUCUGCAGAAAUUCCUUUUUACUAGGUUUAGAUGGAGUGUUAGAUAUUCUGUAUGUACAUGCAUUUUCUUUUUGUACAAAUUUAGACCAAUGCCUGCAGGCACGUUGUAUAAAAAAAAAAAAAGCAAGGCGGGAGAGGACUGUGAUUUCUCAUGUUUGUUUACAUUUAGAACGGCUUGUGCUGCUAAAUUUACAUGACUGAAUUAUUUUGGUAUUGUUGAUGCACUUGUUGAAAUAUAUGCAAGUUCGAUUAAAAUGCCUGCCUGAUGGUCUAGAAACUGAUCAAUUGUUAUUUUCUUCGUAAAUUAUUAUUUUAUGGAAAUAUAUUUAUGUGGUGCAGAUGUCACUUUUUAAAUACUUGUUGUGUUUUAGUAAUUCUGCUGCUUCUUCAGUUCUUUGCUUUUUAGUGAUGUCAGAAUAGAUAGAAGAAUAAAUAUGAUUUCAUAUUUGGUUGUUGCAUAUAUGUAACCACAUUCUGCACCUGUGGCAGAAUGGCAGUGUCCAGAUAACCCUAUUGGUAAUAAUUAGGGGUGUGCGAAUAUUCGAAAUUUCGAAUAUUUUUCGAAUAGUGUUUGCUAUUCAAUUCGAUUCGCACUCGAAUUUUACUGUUCGAACUUCCCAAAAACAAAUAACAGUC